GUCUGGCUGAAAUCAAGUGGUAUUCAAGACAGUGUGAGAAGACGAAAGCGAUGAAGUUUUGUGCGCUCAUCUUUCUGGUUUAUCUCGCAAUUGGUGCUGUUGCUGGCAAGAAAAACAAACUUUGCAGCCAAAUGUUGGGCAAGUUAUCAGAUCUUGAGGACCUGAUUAACAAGAAACAGGACUGCUGUGUACCAGGUAAGAUGUAGAAGAUCUUUUCUGCUGUUUUUAACGUCACCGCUUUGUUGGUCCGUCGAUUCUGAAUUUUGGUGGGAUUAAAAGUUUUUGUUAACAUAGUUUGGAAUAUUCACAUUUAUCCAGUUAUGAUUUGUUGCCUAAUCGUUUUCUCAUCUCAUACCCGCAGAGCCCGUCGCGCCCCCAAGUUCCUGCAAAGAAAUAUACGACAAAGACCGGUAAGGAACGAACGAUCGUUAAAUUUGUGCCUGAGCGAGGGUGGGUGGCAAACAAAUAUAUCGUGAAAAUCCUUCUCCAAGAAAAAUGCGCAAAAGAAAAAAAGUUACAAAAAGCAAGAAAAAAAAACAAAACAAGACAAAACAAAGCAAAAAAAGAGAAAAGAAAGAAAGAAAGAAAAAAAAAACAUGCAUGCAAAAUUUGAACGCAAAAUAAUUUAUGCAAGUUGUAGCCCCCUCAGGCUCUGUGGUUAUCUGAUGACCCUCCCUCAUUGGCAGCCGAAUUUCUACAAUUCCCCUUUUAUACUCUGAUAGCGUAGACUGACCACCCCCCUCCCUCGGUUGCCCUUUAAAAACCUUGUGUUCCGCCUUAACUCUCCGACAUCCCCCCCGUUACCCUUUUCUUUCCCCCUUCCAACCUGGCGCUGACCAUUGACUGUUCUCAGGAAAGAAAGAUAAAUGAAUUAUUUUACCAUUAUGUCUCAGAGAGUUCCGGUUUCUAUCUAGGGAUUUAUAUUUUUCCUAAUCGAUACCAGGAAUUGUGUGAGUGAUUCAAGAGAAUAUAAAGUCGACUAGAUUUGUUGGUUUUGUUCUCUGAUAUCGUAAUAGCGCGGCUAUGAGCUCCUGUUUGGCUGCACAUGUAACAAGCCCUCACCCGUUGGAAAUUUCAAGACGUCUCCGCCCUAUUAACCCUGAUUUUGUUCGUCUCAGUAGUAUUCCCUUUGACCGCAAUAGCGCCAAGCCAAGAAAAAACUUCUCCGCACGUAUUCUUUGCGAUGUCACGCAGCGCUGCUUCUUUUUUGCGUUGCGUGACAUUCCAAAGAACUACCACGUAGGAUUCAAAGAAAAUAACACACUGAUACUCUCUUAUUAGUGACAGCCCAAACAAAGCGUAUGACCUCAAGCUAGGCGAUAAAGAUGUGUCUGUGUACUGUUCCAUGAGUGGGGAGCUUGGAGACUGCGGUGGUGGGGGAUGGACGCUGGUCAUGAAGACUGACGGUGCAAAGGUAUUUCAAACAUGUUCAAGGUUUCAAAACCCUACCAAUUCAUUGUUUUUCGAAUGUAACGAAUGAACCCUUUGAUUCGUUUCUCUCACUCCUGUUUGUUUCCCAUUUUCUCUCUCAAAUCAGUGAAUGUUUUAUGGAACACAUUAAAGGUCUGUGCUCAACCAGGAUGCAAUGCGGGCGUAGUGAACAUUCUCAGUAUUUUCUGUAUAAUAAUCUACUUGCGCUUCUAAUUGGCUGAAAACAAAUGCAUUCUUAUGUAACACGAGUGCAAAGUUGUAACAGGAGUGCAAAUUACAAAUAGCGCGUGCACGCUUUGAAAGUUCGUCUGUCUUGACUUCUGUGAUGUUUUUUUCAUGUACAUUAUUAAAAGCAGUAACAUGAUUUCUCUUGCUAUUUGUCGUGAUAAGUACUAUCAAUAACAAAUUGCACUCCAAAUCAUUUUAUCAUCUGUACUUACAGAAAAGGAAAGUCUACCGUGUGUGUGAUAUUAUUCAACUAACACUAUGCAACCAUGAUCGAGAACCGGCUUUAAAUACCCUCGUCUAGUUUCGUCAAGUGUCUAUCGCCUAUUUUCUGCAUAUUUUUGUCGUUUGAUUCCGCGUUUGCGAAAAUGAAGCCAUCGAAAAGAGGCCGUCCUGCACAAUUUAAAGCCACCAUAUUAAAUGGUUUGUUAGAUCAAUUCUAAAAGCCUUGGGAUAAGACCAGAAAACAAACAGCGAGUCCUUUGAGACCCUGCUACACAGCAUUUCGCAGGAAAAUCAAACAGAAGGCUCCUCUCAGCACUUGAAAGACCGUCAGACGGGGAAACAUUUGUGAUCGAUCGCAAGUCUAAUUCCAUGGAAGUUUUUGAGUAACCUUUCUCUCUCGGUUAGAUCAAAUUCAGAGAUGCAUUUCUCCAAAAUUUCCUCUCAUUAUUCUUUAUUAUUUAAGCGUAUUUUGAAACACUGAAUGUUUUUAUUAAAAGUAGAGCGUGACGAAUUUAUUCGCAGGAGGCGAAACACUUCUUUUACGAAUCCUUUCUUUGCGCCUUGUGAAUGACACCAGCGUUUCACCGACACGAAUAAAUAUAUUUAAGAAUUCGAAGGUCUCCGUCUCUUUGCAAUACGUUUCGACGUCUAGGAUCGAGUCCCUGUCAAAUCUCUUGCUUUUGUACACUUUUGUCAAGUAUAUAACUUCUGAGUCUGAUAUUUCAGCCGUGAAUAGUGAUUGUAUCGCGGCAAGAGAAUAUGUAUUGUCUUGAUCGUGGCUCAACGUAGCUGUUUGGCCGUCUUACAAAUUCUUCCACAUUGUCUUUGAUUCUGUUCCGCAGAUAGAAAACGUCGUCCAAUUUAAGCGAUUUAGUUUAGUCUUUCAGUGUCGUAAAACCGAAACCAAAGUAAUCACUACGGCCAAUCAAAAAAAAGAAAAAUAUCCCGGAGAGCCAAUGAAAACUCAUAGUAAAAACAAUCAAACUGCUUAAAGCGUGCGGAAACGCAGGCGACCAAGUCGCGAUUGGUGUUAGUUUUACAUCUGAUUGGUCUAAAGUGGCGCGAGUUUUCUGAACCAAUCGCAUUGCGAAUUAAAGCAAAACCAACGAAAUCUCGGAUUACGUUCGACACUCAAUUGAAAAUUUCUCUGAUAAAGCACCUAACCGGUUAAGAGCUUAGCGCGAGUUUAAUGGAGCUCUCAUAGAGCAAAGAGAAGCGAUACUGGUGCAAACCCGGAUUACUAUAGACACUAACUUGAAACUUGCCCUAUCUCCAAUGCUCUGGAUUCUAAGUUAAAAAUGUCCUUUUUCUCGCAGGACACCUUCAGUUAUGAUUCAAAAGCGUGGUCUUCCAUGUCUCCAGUCUCUCCCGAAAAUGGAGACACCGGAUUGGAUCACAUGGAGACCCUGUUACCAACCUACUGGAGCACGUCCUUUUCCAAGAUCUGUCUGGGCAUGAAGGUCGGUGGAGUAACCAGGUUCUUGCGAUUACAUCGGGAAGCAGCCUCAUUGCAUUUCCUUAUUGCUGACGGUCAAUACCGACGUACCUCGCUAGGUCGUAAUGCAUGGAAGAAGCUGAUUGGUCCCAAUGCCUCCCUCCAGCGCAACUGUAAUCGAGAAGGGUUUAAUUCGCGGGGGAGUGGUAGUAUUAAGACUCGAAUUGGAAUUGUCAGUAAUCAAGAAGGAGAUUGUAGAACCCCCGAUUCCUUCAUCGGAUUUGGUGGGGCAGAACUGUCGUUCAAAAACGUGUGUGGAAACAGAGCUGCGUAUUCACCGGACAACGGAGACAAAAAUACCAAGGCAUUCGGAUACAUUUUCGUUCAGUAAAGACGCUGAACUGCUCUGCUCAAGGAAAAAGUUGCAUGCGACAUGGAGC